AUGACUUCUUCACUCAGACGCCCAUUGAUCACCGGCCUAAUGCUGGCUACCAUGGUGUUGAGCCAGGACUGCGGACGACGCGUUGUCUUCACCGAUCGGGGCGCCAGCUCGAACUACUACAAUUGCUCUGGCCAUGUCGAUGGCGACAUGUGGAAGUAUCUUGCAUGGUACAAUGGUACCACCACAGUCACCCUGACUGGAGGCCCUGCGUCUGAAUGUCCUGACACGACAUGGCAACCUUUGAAAAACUCUUUCCUCAUUGGAGGCAUGACGGUUCCCGGCAACCCAUCACUUGAUCGACGCGUCUACGACAACAAUACAUUCUACUUUGAAAUUCCAAGCAAGGACAAUGACAACAUCACCGUCAGCUUCCAAUCUUCCUCUGACGAGUGGUAUGAUGAACCUCAAGGCUGGCAGAUCAACGCUACCAAGAAGGGAGAUGGGUAUGAUCUGGCAGGUACCUGGAUCGGCACAUUGCCGGACAACAACGAGCUCGACUUUCCCGGCGUGCCAGGCGAUGACUGUUGGGACGGCGGCCCUUACUAUCUGGGCAUGAAGGGCUACGACAACAUGAAAUGGGUGCUUGCAGGACAUGUGUCGCCCACUGCUGCGGAGAUCAGCAUCGUCGAAACCAAUGUUGACCGCGACGGUGGAGUCUGGCACAUUUAUACAAAUUUCACCGGCAAGGCUGGGCCAAAGGGUCCCAAGUUGGUGACGACAGGAGAUGCGCCGACGACUGAUGCCAAAGCUUGA